GUUGUUGCAAUGCUGAGUGCCAAGCGAGCGGUUGCCGCCCUGCUGGAGAAUGCGGCACUGGAAGGCCGCGUGGGGACCUCAGUCAAAGACCUCUUUGAGACGUACCUCGUAGGAGCAGAGGGCGACGUGGUGUUCCGCGAUGCAUGUUGGCGCUUGUUCCUCCGUGCCCAGGAGUCAUCCCGGUCGGACGAGGAGUCACCGAUUCGGUUGUUUGUGUCGUCGUCACCGUCCGACACCAUCGCCAGGGAUCUUUCGUUUGACGAGGCCGUGGCAUCCGAUGUGUGGGUCAUUGCGUGUGAAGCACUUCGCUUCCGGGCCUUGCAUCUCACCGCGCAACUCGUAAUGGACGAGGGUUCGACGGGAUUCCUCAUUUUGGAGACCGUGGGCAAGAGCCGCGCCAAGGGUUUGUCCACGAUGGACAUUAGCUCACGCAUCCGCGAAAACCUGCUGCCCCGCGAAGUUGAGAGCAAGAAAUUCGACGCGGAACUGCGCACGGUGCACCAUUACAUGGACCGGUUGAUCAGCCAAAAGCUGCUGGUCAAGAAGAUGGUGCAGAUCACCGAGAACUUCAAGUGCAAGCGCUUCAACAUCGUGCUUCUCCCGCGCUUCGACUCGUCCUUUGACCUCGAGACUUCGCUGCCGCAGUCUGUGUUUGAAGACGGCCCCGCGUGGAAGGUCCACGCCGUCGACUACCUCGUGUCGUACCUCAAGCAACAAGAGAACGGCCAGUGCACGUUCAACGACGGCAUGCGCGCCGUGAGCAUCGAGAAGCGGCGGCUCGAAGCCAUGAAGAACCACAUCAUCGUCGAGUCCAAGAAGCCCGGGUCGUCGUUCCCCAUGGAGAUCUUCACCGCUAACCGCGCCGACACCAAGCAGCGGUUCUGGUGCUUACGACUCCGCAACGUCGGCGGCAUCGCCACGUCAGAAGAGCCCCAAGCGUCGAGGAUUGUGCACGAAAUGGGCCUGGUCCAGCAAGUAUACGACGCGGUGGUAGCCGCGGGACCUCUGGGCAUCACAUCCCCCGACCUCAAGCACAAGUUUGGCAUGUAUGGGAAGUGGACGUACCGCCUCUUGACGCUGCUCACGACGAGCUACCACGUCCGCAUGGAGAAGACAGUGAUUGGCCGGAAUUCCGUGUAUCGGCUCAUUGCUGCUUCGCCCCCAUGUCCACAGAUGGCCCCCCCUAUGGCGGCGGCGGCGGCAGCCGCUGUUGUCGAGCCCCCAGAACACCAUGCUGAUCCUCGUAAACGGGCACUUUCCGAGUCGACGACACCGCCACCCCCCCCUCCUCCAAACAAGAAGAAACGAGUGCAUCCGCAUACACUGCGGUACUCCAAGGUAGCUGCGGACGCCGAUCCUAUCGUGCCGGUCCCCGCCCUUCCAUCCAUUACAGAUACGACGGCGCUGCGCCGCCAGCACAUUCUCGAGCGUCUGUGCAUUGAAAAGGUCGUAUCGCUGUACUCGCUCCGGUCGUCUAUCAUUGAGCUGGAAAACUACGCCCACGACGGCAAGGGGUUGCUGUCGUUCAAUAGCGGACACCGCGUGGACGUCCGGUCGAUCAUCCGGAUCGUCGAGAGCUCCCCCGACAGCAUGACACUACUCCAGUGCGACAUGCCAAUCAAGUCGAGUCUGACUGCAUCCGGCACAAAGCUGAGCCGGGUCGUGUUGGCCAAGGAUGCCACAGACGCCGACUUGAAGCGGUUUCUGAACGCGUACGCGCGGGAUUCGCGCAUCCAAACGCUCAACAGCAAGGCUUUUACAAACCCAAAUGUGACCAUCCAGCCCAACGACCCGCCGUCGUCCACGUCCAUCGCGUACAAGCUCAAGGACGUGCUCACGGCCAAGAACCAAGCGGAUCGCGACCGCGAAAGCCAGAGCCAUGUGCUCGGCAAGUGCCAUGGCUUUCUCUACCGAUGCCGCCUCUUCCACACCCACGUGUUUGGGUACCUCCAGACAGCCGAGGACAACCCGCUGUUGGCGGACGUGGCGGCGGCGCACAUGCCGGACCGACUGUUUUUGCUUGACCCGAUUUUUCAGUCGAUGAGCGUCGCGGUGUACGUGCGUAUCUUGGGCAUCGGCCAGCUGUUUGCGCCGGACGAGCUGGUCCAGCUCCAAGCCGCCAUCAAAGCCAACACGAUCGUUGCCGACUUGCCGCCCACGUUGAAGGACAAGACGACCAGACACCAAAGCCGCCGCCUCACAAAGUUACUCCGAGCCCUCAUCGACCUCAAAGUCAUCAAGCCCCACCGCCUCGGCCACGACACGCUCAUGGCGAUCUUGCAGGGCACGGACGCGAACGGGGACUUGGACCUCCAUCGAUUGGUGCAGUACACGUUGUACGACCGCGUGAUUGGCGGGUUCUUCAUAUGGCACCGCCAUGCUCGCAUCUACUUUAACGUGCAGCACGACGAUGUCGUCGGGUGGAACUCGUGGUCCUCUGUGCGAGUAAAUUCGACCAAGUUUCCGUACUCGUUUGGCCACAACGUACCCCUGGUCCACUCUUUUGAAACACACACAGACGUGGAUGUGUUCUGGGAAGCGCUAGAGUGCUGCGCGACGGAGCAGCUGUCGUUCAACCCGAGUCCGGGGCGUGUGAUGAAGCUGCCGCCGCUCAUUUCGACCGAUCACAUCAACAUGGUCGCGGCCAAGAACUGGACGCCCAACACCCACGGCGUCCGGUACAGCCGUCGAGACAAGAAGGCACCGCUGCCCCGGAUCCCUGGCUCCAGCAAGGUGGUGGUGGUACGGCGGACAAGGAAGAAGCAGACGACGAAUCAGCAGCCCGUCGGCGGCGGCGGCGGCGGGCCCGUGCGCCGCAAAAAGUACAAGUUUGUCCCCCGCGGGGUCCGCCUCGACUUGACAUUCACAGACGAAGAAGACACUGCUAUCUUCAACCUGUACCUAGCCCAGCUGCAGGCCAUCUGGAAGGUGAGUGUGCCCGUGGAGAUGCAAGUGCCCGACGAACCCGUAGCCAUCCGCGGACCCCACGUGACUCGAGCUCAAGUCAGCACAGUCGUGAUUACCCGAACGGCGACGCCCCAUCGCAGCGUUAACCGCGUGCGGCGGCGCAUCGACGAACUGCUGGCUAAAGUACCCAACAAGUUGCGUCUCUUGGCGCUCAAAGCGUCGUUCUUUGGCUCGAUAACGUUUGACGAGGAGGCGCAGAUCCAUGCCAGUCCGCGGCUCGGCGCGCUGGUCACGCGGGUAUUUAUGAUCUUAUUCACGUCGGACGGGUCGUACAACCAGAUGGCCGCGGAACAUCUGGUCGGUGCAUGGUCGCGCUACGAAAUCACGCUUGUGUGGCGGUACUUUUGGCUCAAGGGGUGGAUCGUCGUUGCCAAACCGUUCCACGGCCGCGGCUUCGUCCUCACGAGGCGGUUCCAUGAGAUUUUCAAGGCAACGUGCACGGCGUCGUACCCGCUGGCCCUGUUCGUCGAGGCUGCCGAGCAAACGAGCUUCCUCGCAGCGGCCGAUGAAUCGAUCCAAUGCUGCGGCGCCGUCGAGCACGCGGCGCUCGUACUCGGCCACGGACACUACCAGGUCCGCCAUACACCGCUGCCGGAAGUGCCCCAGAAACCUCCGUCGAUGAAGCGUCGCCGCGACCACCGCCUCACGUCGAGUGGCUGUGGCCUGCUCAACCACUUGGACCAAUCAGAGCGCGACCAGUGGCACGCCACGUUCAUCUUGUCCGCCGACGCCCCCCCCCCCCGCGUGCCGGACUGUGUAUUUUCUCACCAACUGUGGCCAUCACCUGAGCAACCGCCGUCGAAACGCUUCAAAACAGCGCAGAAAAAACAACGCCCAAGGCUGGUGCCAUUUGUCCAAUUUGAACGGGCACUGCUCCCCGUACAAGAAGCCGGUUUGUCGGUGGAAGCGCUGGUGGCGGCGCUAGGGACGACUCGGACCGCGGUCGAAGCCAGCGUUUUGGUGUAUGUGGAUGAAGACAAGCUCGUGGAAGUGCACGGGUGGACAUCGCUGCUGUACGUGCUGCCCCAGUUUUCCCAGAUCUGGACCGUGUAUCCGUACACUACCACUACACGCGGCACGAUUCAAUUGGACACGAGCUUAGCCACGUCGGCGCAUCCGUGGCUCAAGCUCACGGCGCAACCCAAUGGCCCGUGGCUCGUCCGGUUUCAGCGCAAGAUGGUGGCGCUUCUGAUCAAGUUCCCUGGAUGCACCGAGGCCGCCGUGCUGGCAGGGGUCGAGGGGGUGCUGCCGCUGCAGCAGGUGCGCCUCCUACUGGCGGAUCUGGUGCAGGAAGAGGUUCUGUACGCCCGCAUCGUGCUGUUAAAAGCCGAAAAGGUCGACUUGUUUGCCAUCCACCGCCCCGCGGCGCCGCAGAUUUACGUCCCCAGCGACGACUUGUCACUCUUACACGUCGACCGCCAGCGCUACGCCGUGCACUACUUUCCCACGCCCGACUGCAUUGUCAAGUAUGGCCAACUUGCGCAAGAAAUCGACCGUGUGUAGGUUGUAGUGACAUACUAGUAUAACGUUAUCAACCAAAGAAAUCAUCCAUUAACUACUA